CCCCACUGCGCCCUGGGGUUCAGCCCCACGGCAGACGGGGUGUGGGGCGCCCCACAGGCAGUCUGGGGCAGGUCUGGGGCCCUGUCACGGGUUGCUUCCCCACGAGGCCAUCCCAGAAUAGCUCUGCUAUCCGAUUCCUGCUCCCGUGCUUUGCCAUCUCCUUGGGGUGACAUUCGAGCCCGCUGACGGGCACACCCAGCGUCCCCCCAGCUCCUCCGGCGUCCCCAGGGCGAUGGCAGGAGGACGGCGUCGCGGGGGACCCCGACAGCGCGUGGGGACACAUGGACCCACCCCGUCGCCCUCACCCCGAUCUCCUGGAGCCACCGUCGCCCAAAGAAGUGAGGGUGCUGCCCCCAAAGCCACCCGCCCCAAGAAGCCUGUGGAGGAGUCACCAGUGAGGGGACCUGAUGUGGAUUCGUUGGGCUUCCAGGCCAUGGACCACAACGUGCCGGGGUUGUCCCAUGUCAUCCUCCAGAAGCUCAACAUGAAGAGCUAUGAGGACUACAAGUCUGCCAUGGAUGGGAGGAAGAGUGGCAGCGAUUUCGGCAUCCGGACUUACUUCGAGAUGUUCCAGAAGAUGGAGGACACCUUCAAGUUUUGUGCUGAGUGCAGGAAGCUCCCCGAUGCCCUCCCUGACCCCAAAAGCCUCCGGAGAUGCAAGAGGUGCCAGAAUGUGUACUACUGCGGCACGGCGUGCCAACGCGCCAACUGGCCACUGCACAAGAAGUUCUGCAAGAAGCUGAAGCUGGUGGCCAUGGAUCGGCUGGUGGAGUGGCUCAUCUUCACAGGAGACAUCCCCUUCCCCACGGAGACCUGGACAAAGCCCACCUGGGAUGUGAAGGGCUGGGAGGACUGGUUCUCCAUGCAGGAGCAGCUGGAGGAGAAGCUGGAGACCAUCCUGGCUGGACGGUACAUGACCAUCCUCUGGGCCAACGCUGGGAAGCCCCGGCCAGAGCACAAGGAGCUGCGUGAAUCCGUCCGGCGUCUGGUCACCGACUUCCACUCGCAGCCACUCACCAUCGGCUUGGGGCUGCGGCUCUUUGGCAUCGACCCCCUUGCCAAAGCCCUCACCGUGCAUGUGGUGGGGGCGUCCCACGUGGAGACCCUCAACACCCGGCUGACCGACUACGAUGAGCUGACACGGAUGUUCCCGGGCCACCAGGGCAUGGAGGUGGUGAUGGUGGGAGUGGAUGUGGUUGACGGAGCCAUCAUGAGGCCACCCCUGGCCACGCCGGCGCCCCACGGAAGGAUCUAUCUCAGCAGCUACAAGGGGCUCUACCAUGACUUCUGGGAAAGCCACGUGGAGACCAAGCUGGCCACCCACCCAGACCUGGUGGUGGGCUUCCAUCCAGGUCUCCAUGCCUGCCCGGACUUGCUGGCUGGUUGGUUGCCCACGCUGCUGCUGCUGCGGGAUUACCGCCUGCCCGUCCUCUUCACUGUCUACAGUGAGCAGGAGCUGAAGUCCUCCCUGCAGAUCCUGGUGGAACUCCAAACCCACGUCGUGGGCUACGCCGCCAACCCCUUUGCCUCGCUCCGGCCUGAGCAGGUCUUCUCCAGCCCCAACAAGGCGCCCGUCUACUGCAGCUCCUACUACAUCGCUCUGCUGGGAGCGGCGGCGGCGGCAGUGCCGGGCAUCGAGGAGCUGGAGGAUGGCGAUGGGUGGCAGGGAGGGGAGCCCAGUGGGGCCGGGGGCAUCGCCGUGGGGCAGCACUGACCCACUGCGACCAGCGCCCGUGCUGCCCCCCGAGUCCCAGAGCUGCCCUCACCCAGCGUCCUGGCUCCCAUCCCUGGUCCCGGGGAGACAGGGGAGGUGUGGGGCAGGUGUGGGGACACAGGUGUG